AUGGUCCGCGUCUUGAAGCCGUUCAGCGUCGUCCUCGCGACGGCGCUCUCGCUCGGUCUUGCGGCCGCUGCUGACCCCACCGUCUCGGUCCUGGGCGACGCGACCUACACGAUCCCCGAGUCCCGCGGAGUCAUCUGCAUCGGCUCCGGUGACGUCCCGACUGGAACGGCCUGCCCUCUGAAGGGCGACGUCGCGUCCGAAGCCUGCCGCGAGGGUAUCCCUUCGUACAACGGCGGCGAGUGCGUCGCGCCCAAGGACGCUCAGUGCGUCAUCGUCACGGGCACGACCUGGGGCUGCGCGUUCCCG